AUGGAUCCCAGUAUUGGGAAAGGACCAGUCACAAAUAAUGCCACACAUCCUGAAGCAAUUGGACGUGGUGGUUUGAGUCAUUCAGCCCUGGAAGCUAUGCUGGUGGAUCCAGGGACAUUACACGGACAUGUAAUCCCGGGCUUGCUGUUCAUGUUCUUCGGCUUGUUUUGGACCUACAGUAUCCUUCACAAGUAUCACGUUGCCAGGAGAGGAGCCAUUCUGCUUGGCAAAGGAAGUUAUAAAUCAAGUACCAAAAACACUCUCUUCUCGACGUAUUACGCUUGUCACUGCACCAACGUUUCCCUGGACGCAUACUUCAUGCUUACUUGCACAAGUCUCGGUUUUAUUGGUGAAUUCAUCGCGGUAUUCAUAGGGGGCGAAUUCGUUGUGGCCAACACGCAUCACAUGUGCAUGUAUUUCUUCUACGGGCUCGCUGCCUUCAUCCAUAUCCUCAUGUGCUACAAGCAUCCCAUCCCUGUUAACUCGGACUACGCGGCUAUGAUCGUCGCAUUCAUAGUGGAGGCGCUGCUGUUCCAGGGCCACAUUGAUGGUCGGGGACCAAUCAAUGCCAAGAUACACAUGUUGUUGGUGUAUACUUGUAUGGUCACGGCCGGUUUUCUGGUGCUGGAGAUGGCUGCGCGGCGCAAUGUUUUAGUCAGCCUUGGAAGAGCUUCAAGCUUCUUAGUGCAGGGCCAGUGGUUCUGCACGGGAGGCUUCAUCUUGUACCCUCCAUCGUUCAUGCCAACUUGGGAUGACAACAGCCGACCACAAAUGGCGCUGGUAACAACGCUAUUUGCCGUCAAUAUUGCGUUAGCCAUUAUUGGAACAUUAAUGAUGGAUUAUUUCAUUGUUUUGCGAGUAAAUUGCAUGGAUGCGCACACCAUCAGUCGGAUUUUAAACAAAUCAGAUAUGCGGAGUCACAAUUCAUUGCCGAAUAUUGAUCCGGGGAAGCCGCUGAUUUCAGACUCAGAUGGCGAAUGCUAGGAAAAGCUUAGAGCUCACGUUUCUGUUAGACCAACAUCACCAUUUUCUGCUCAAUAUCAUCCCUCUAUAAAUCUGAAUUCAUCCCAUCUGAAAUAUCAACUCGCCGGUAGAUUUCGUUUUCUACAACUCCCAUUCUAUUGUGUAUAUAAUUCAUUAAGUUUGUCCUGCAUUAAACUCCGUAGAAACGAUUCCCUGAUCAAGGUUAGCUGGCUAUUGAUUAGUCGGAGUACAGAAGUUCUGAAGAAAUAUGCCCUCGGUCAAAAUUCAGCUUUCACCAAGAAACUGGUUUAGUUUAGCGAUAAGUUUACAGCGAUCAUUAUACUUAUCUAUAAGAUGACUUUUUGCCUAGUAAUACCGACAUGAACAGUAUGAAAUCUGUUGUUACAUAGACGAAAUCUGUUCAAGUAAUUAACUUG